AUGUAUAUCCAAAAUUUCCUCGUCGCGCUCAUCUCGUUCGCCCUCAUCAAGCACGUGAACUCCUCCCCAACUCAAACUGGUACACUAUCCACUCCCCCACCACCAGGAGAAACCUACCUAACCAACUACCCUAUCUGCGCAACCCCAGGCUACACCGUCGUCCCGGGCUCCUACAACGAAAGUAUCCACCAAGCCAGCGGCUCCACGCUAGGACGCUGCAUCAACGAAUGUCGGGCCGCGUAUCCCGCUUGUAAGAGUAUUGCGUUUCAUGCGGAGUAUACGGAAUGUUUGUGGUAUGAUAGACGGGUGGGUAGGACGCAGUUGUAUGUGGAUGAGGGGAGUGAGUUUGUGCAUUAUGAUUUGAUUUGUGCGGUGGAUGGGUGUUAUUAG